UCUCGUCUUUCUUUUUCCCCGUGCUUACCAUUCCGAAAGAGAAAACACAUAAAUAAACCCAACAAACCCCACUCAACCCAACCCAACCCAACCGCAACCAUGCCCGCCACCGUUACCGUCGUCUACCCGCAAGGCGCCAAGUUCAACAUGGACUACUACCUCUCGACGCACAUGCCUCUCGUGCAGAAGCGCUGGAGCCAGUACAACCUGCAGAGCUGGAAGGUGCUGAAGUUCAACGACGACGCCCCCUACACCGUGCAGGCGACGAUUGAGUUUGGGUCGCUGCAGGACUUCCAGAACGCCGCGUCCGGCCCGGAGGCCAAGGAGGUGCUCGGCGAUGUGCCUAACUUUUCCGACAAGGAGCCUGUUAUCAUGGCUGGGGAGAUUGUUGGGACUUCUUAGGUGAGGGCUUGACGCGAGCCAGUCGGAUGGCAUUUAUUAAGAUGUAAGGGACAUGUGAGGAAAAAUCAAUGAG